AUGCGGCAAACGUCACCCGAAUCCAUCUCGGUGUUUGAGCUGAUUUUACAGAUCCACAGAUCUUGCGAAGGGCAGUGGCACUCGUUGACUGACCGUUGCGGCAUUACCGAAGACGAGCUGGAGGCCUUCUUAGAAUAUGCUGCGUUAUUCCUUUGCAACCUUGGCAACUAUUACGGCGAAGGUAAUCAAAAGAUCGUGCCCGAACUCUCCCGAGAGAGCCUAUGGAAGAUUGCCGCCAUUUCUGCGGCAGCUACAAAUCUUCUGCCCAAUACCAUCGACGCGAUAUUCUCCACGCCACCUUAUAGUCUAGGGUUUCCCGCCAACGAUACCAUCUCGAACUACUACCCGGGAAACGAGCGCAUUACCCGGCAGGAGAUUGCCCUGGUGUCUAGCGUCAUGGGAAGUCACUUCCUCGAGCCAGAGAAUACCAGGCUCAGAAAAAUUGUUGACAACGGAAAUGUUGCAUAUCAUAUCCUCCAGGCAUCGGGACACGCCGACGGCGUAUUCGAAUUGAAACACUCUGGCGAUCUAGACGGUGUCGUACGAGUGGUGCAAGGAGACCAUUCCCAGGAACUCUCCAAGGUGUGCUUCGAGCUGGAGCAAGCCAGGAACUACGCAGCUAACGACCGACAAAUCCAAAUCCUUGGCGAUUACAUUAGGAGCUUUCAAACUGGGAGUCUUCAAGCGUUCCGCGAGUCCCAAAAGGCGUGGGUGGCCGACAGAUCCCCAACCGUUGAAAAUAUGAUUGGCUUUGUCGAGCCGUACCGCGAUCCCUAUGGGGUCCGUGCCGAAUGGGAAGGCGUCGUCUGCAUUUCCGAUCCGGAUGAGACAGUGAGACUGAGGGAGUUUGUGGAAAAGUCCUCCACCUUCAUCCGCUUGCUCCCUUGGGCUGUUGAUGGGGACAACGACGGCAAAGGGCCAUUUGAGAAGGCUCUGUUCGAGGCCCCUGAGUUUACGAGUGUUCACGCUCUCGCAUUUUGCGCGAGCGUGGUUUGGGAGGCAGCAAAUCUACCCAAUUACAAUGACAUUCGAGAGACGAGCGGCUUUAAAAAUGUCGUAAUUGCCAACCGUAUGAGCACCAACCACAGCCCAACGAGCCCUUGCCACUAUGUCGAUCCCCAAGAGGUCGAGAGCUUCAGGACCUGCACCCAUAUUGUGAGGUUCAUCACCACCGCCGUCCACGAGUUGAUUGGACACGGCGCCGGAAAGCUCCUGAGCGAGAGUGCCCCUGGGCAAUUCAAUUUCGACAGCAAUAAUCCGCCGCUCAACCCUCUCACAAACGAACCGAUCCGAUCGUGGUACCGACCCGGUCAGACCUGGACGAGUGUGUUCCAAGACAUUGCGCCCUCUGUCGAGGAAUGCCGCGCGACCUUGAUUUCAGAGUACCUCAUGGACAACAAAGAACUUUUAUCCAUCUUCGGUUACGAUGAAAACAGCAGCGUCACUGCGGACGAUCUCACUUAUAACACGUAUAUCCAGAUAGGUGUUGAAGGCCUCCAGGCACUUGAGCACUUUAAUGUGAAAGACCAGACGUGGGGCGAGGCUCACAAAAGGGGCCAUUUUGUCAUUCUCAAACAACUCGUGACCGACGGAGGUGGCGUGCUAACUAUCGAACAUGACGGUAAUGCCCAGAACCUUACUGUCCGCGUUGAUCGCUCUAAGAUUAUAUCGCACGGGAAACCCGCCCUUGGAAGACUCCUCUGCCGCCUGCACGUCUGGCGUUGCAUCGCCGACGUGGAUUCCUGCCGAGCGCUGUACGAGGAUCUUUCUGCCGUCUCGGGUGUAUACGAGGAGUGGAGGCGAAUCGUGUGCUCAAAACCGGAGCCUCGAUGGAAGUUUGUACAGGCAAACACGUUCAUCAAAGAUAGCGAAGUGGAGCUGAAAGUGUAUGAGGAGAGCAACGUGGGAAUUAUCCAGUCCUGGGCAGAAAGGGAUGUAUAG